AUGCAAUCGCUUGUACUUUUUGGCGUCAUCUUGCAACUUGUUCUGAUCUCUUCGGCACACGAUCAAUGUGAAAGCAACUCUUGUGCCAAAAAGUGUCCCCCUUCAUGGAAGCGAUGGCGUGACUCGUGUUACCGUUUCACCCCGAGCGGGGGCAGCUGGGUCGCCUCACGGGAGGCCUGUCUGCAGAUGGGAGGCAACCUGGCCGCCCCGCAGUCACAGGAAGAGAACGAUUUCUUCUGGGAAUUCGGAAAAGAGGAAAAAUCGAAUCUAUUCUGGAUAAACUGCGAAAAAUUAGAAACCAACAACCAAUGGUUUUGUGACGGAAAGGCUAUGGUCGGUUCCGAUGCAUUCGAAUACUGGGCUCCCGGUGAACCAAAGACUAACAUCGGCCACGUCUGCACUGCUGUCGACAUACGCAAUGAUGGGCAUUGGAUUGAUUUCACAUGUUCGAGCACACCUCCAUUCCCCGGCAUUUGCAGAUUGGUACCCCCUGCACCUCGUCUACACUGCUGCACAAUCAACAGCGAAGGUAGGCUGGACCCAUCGUGUUUUGAAAACUAA